AUGAUGAGCAACCCUAAGUCUGCAAUAUUUCAGGGCAGUAAAGAGCUAAUGGACUUGCUCCGGAGCAUGGGGCUCCUAAGCAUCAACAGGAGCAGCAAUGACGAACCUUCUUCAGCACAACAGACAGACACCGAUGACCCUGCCAACCAGCCAACUCUCCCACUCGAAGGCGAGUUUUAUAAAGCAACCAUCCAGGAGACCACCACUGCCACAUCGAGUAGUGUGAGGUCCAGCCUAGAGUACUCGUUCGGGUCUCUCCAGGUCACGGACGAAGAUUGGCUGGCUAUUGAUGAGGUGACCGCCGCUCACACCACAGCUGCCCCUGUCCUCAAGGACACCCAACCCGCACCAUACAAACCCGCACCAUACAAACCCUUGUCAACAUCAACAACAAUGCCCGAGGUAGCCAAGUUCAAGUUUUCACCCUCAGUGCUGGCCCACCAUGCCAACACCGCCUGCGAAAAGAUGCUGCACCUCAAGGGACGACAGCUCUGGGACCAAGCCCUACAACAAAAGGCAACUCCAGAAUUGGCAGCACAGGAACAGGAACAACGAGCCCGGUCACCCGUGGCCAUUGCUGACGCAACCACGAGGCGCGGGGUUGUCUUUGAGAGUCAGCUCCAGGGUGGGAUCAAAGACCGCGUCGACUGUGAGGCUGACCAGGACAAGGACUCGUACUUUAGACUUGCGACCACACCCGACAACACGACUCUCUGUCAGCCCGUCUUUUCCCUUGACAAGAGUUUUUACACCCAGGAGAUGGAGAAGGCAGGUAUCGUCUUUGGUCGGUUCAUUCCGGAUUUCAUCCAAGUGCUUCCGGGAUCUGUUGCUCCGGACGGGACGCGCAAGAAGCGGAUUUUUAUCAUCGAUGCAAAGUCAUCAUCCCAUGUCAAGAUCAGUCAUCAGUUCCAAGUGACACUCUACGCCAUUUUUCUGGAUCAUCUCAUCAGGGUCAAUGGACAAACAGAUCGCGUCGAGGUGGCUCCUCAAGGCGGCGUGUGGACUCCAGACCGCGGCGAUCCCCAUGUCUUUUCGUUGGCAUUCAUGCGCCCCAUCAUCGAAAACUUUAUCUACAAGGAACUACCAGCCAUCCUGAUGAAACCUCUCAACGAAGCGGUCUGGCAUAUCGACAGCCCUUGUCUCCAAUGCGAGUUCCUCGAUAGCUGCAAGGACGAUGCUCGGGAACAGAUGACACUCUCGCUUAUACCCAUGCUGUCCAAGAAGUCUGCUUUGGCGAUCAAGGCCAUGUGUCGGUCCAGGUCAGGGAAGGGAAAGAAUGAAAUUGAGGACAUCGAAGAUCUUGUCGCCAAUCGUUCUUCAUUGCCAGAUACGCACCAGAACUUCUUGAAGAAGGAACUUCGGCUCGACGACAACGGUGUCAGUCCACUCAUACAGUCGUACAAGGAGCGAGUCAUCAAGGUGGUGCCUGUCAGGACAAUGGAGCUGCCACGGCAGCACGGUGACCGGUUGCUCAUCAACCUCUUGAUCGACCCCAUGAUGCUUUUACCCUACGCCUACUCUCUCGACAUGUUCAAGGAGCAAAUGACCCGAUCCACACACAGCGCCUCAGGAGCAACUCGCUGGUCAUCGCACCUUCAGCCUGAGCGAUUGUCGCACCAGAUCGUUUUGGCGGUUGAGCUCAUUGAUACCCUUCACGAGUGGCUAGUCAACCUCUCGGAGAUCAAGCCAAGGACCCCUGUCCUCACUAUCUUCUUUUACAAUCGCGAGAUGUUGAGCGGCUUGUCGAACUUGCUUCUCAGGGUGGUCUCGUCAAAGAGCGAAGAUACCACAUGGUCUCAGCUGACCAAGAGUCGAGCGAUGAACCUCUUGACCAACAUGUACGAGGACCCCAGCUUCUUAACGCUCUCCGAAGUGUCAGGAUCCAACGUAAGACUGCCAGACUUGCUGCAAUUGGCCCAAGGGUUCAAGAAACCGUACCCAUCGCACGACAAGCGGCUCUUUUCUAUCGAGACGGCGUUGAACGCAUUGCUGGUGCUGCCUGUUGUUGGGUCGUAUACAUUCAAGGAUCUGAUGACUUAUCUGGUCGAUGUCGAAGCGCCGUUUAUCAUUGACGACAAAGACAGGAACGACGAUGGGUUCGACUCUGCCAACAUUUUCCGCACCUGGUCCACUACCAACAACCCCGACGCCAUCAAGACACUGCUACAGAAAUGGGCAGAGCAGCAGAAUGUGAUCCUCAUCGCGCUCUACGCAGUCGUCGGGCAGGAGCACAAUGACUUGAAGGACGUACUCCUAGCUCCUCAGUCACAUUUCAAGAUGCGACCCCAGUUCAUGUUCAAGUAUAAUCUCCUCGCGCAGUUUGCAUUCUUCUUGCAAUGGGAAGUGAUUAUGCAGGCACAGAAGAGACGGCAGCGGCGUAUCAACAUGACAGACGAAGAGGCCAUCCGCCACCAAUUCGCGUUUCGGUGUCGUUACCUGAACCGUCAUCUUGGACCAUUCCCCGCACCUGGUAGUAGUUCGCCACUUCUUGCUGGAGCGGCUAUCAAGGAACCUUCAAACUCGGAUUGGUCGGGUUUUGUUGGCAAGUUUGAGAUUACGAGUCCCAUCAACCCUGGCGUCCUCACGAAUGAUGACUUUAAGCAAUGGAUCCUUAGUCCCGAUACCCCCGCCGUAAGCUACAUCCUGCGCGAAGGUCAUGGGGCGAGGAUGCGGUACGACGAAGUGAACUCGGUGUUCAAAAUGUUUGGCGUAGGCGUUCCAGCUGUAGUUUCUACAUCAUAUUUCGAUCCCGAGACCAAGAUUGUGUACCUGAAAGGGACCUAUCGCAACAUGACAUCACCCAACGAACUCUGCUUGGCCGAGAACGAGUACUAUAUCCUAGAGCGUCGGGAGCUCAAUGUCACCCUCACGACAACCAUGAAAAAGCUUAUAGAGAUGAACGAGGACAACCGCUUGUUCUUGAAAUUGCUGACGAAUCCUAACAUGUGGGGUGAGCAACGGCCGGACAAGAGAGCGGACGUAUUCUUAGAGUCGAUCACCAACUCGACGAGGCGGUACGACAUGACGAUCUCGCAGGAGCAGGCCUUCACUCGAGUUAUCAACAACCGUCUUCAAAUCAUCUGGGGACCUCCAGGCUCGGGAAAGACACACUUUUUGGCGUUGACGAUUCUCCGGUUUGUGGAUAUUUUGCAGAGUCUGGCGAUCAAGGGCAAAGGACAAGGGCCACAGACGAUUGUCUUGACGGCAUUUACUCAUUCGGCGAUCAACACCCUUGUCAAGCGAGUCGCUCAACUGCACAGGGACAUUGCGCCUCGUGCUGGAGCCGAGAAUGUGGUCCAGCCGCUGGUGUUUUAUCGUCUCAGCAAUGCACAGGCCAGUGAGGCGGAUGGUGUUCAGCAGGUGGAUCCCAAGGACUUGGCCAAGCUUCAGCGACGCCCUGGACCUGGUGUGACCGAUGAGAGUCAGGAGAACAUUAUCCGGAUCGUCAGUGGAACCGUGUGGCAGAUCCGUCGAGCUGCCCACCCAGAGACUGGAGUCGACUACAUGCGUAACGUUCAGAUGUUGAUGAUUGACGAAGGCAGUCAAUUGUUGGCGGCGGAUUCUAUCCAUGCGAUUGAGUGUCUGGACCCGGACCAUGGGCGACUUGUUGUUGCGGGCGAUCACUUGCAGCUGGGGCCAAUUAUUGCGGGCGAGUACCUCAAGUCCGAGUUGGCGAUUGACCCGACGGGGUCGAUUAUGAAGAACCUGAUGCGCAAGAAGGAUAAUACGCCCGUGUCCUUACAGUGGGAGGGGAGUGGGCCUGAGAUGGAUGUUGGGCCUUGUACCUUCCAGCUGCAAGACAACUUCCGCAUGAAUGAACAAUUGGGCAAGUUUAUGCAGUCGAUCUACGGUCCAAAGUACGUGGUGCGGAACCCAGAAAGGUCCCUCCCAUACAGCGAGAAUGUCGUCCAAGGAAUGUCAUUCUCCCCCGAUAUUCGUCGGAUCCUGGACCCAAGUUUAUCUGCAGUCUGCAUCGAGCUCCAGUUGACCGAGGAUCUACACAGCACACUUGCGAUCCAGGUGCGGAACGACAUCCGUGUAGCUGCCAGUGUGGAGGCAGCACUGGUCGUGGAGAUUGUCGAAGCGUAUCUAGAGAUGGUUGGACGGGACACUGUGACGACCUUGUUUGUGGCGGUCCCUCAUCAUGUCCAACGACUUGCAAUCCUGAACAAGGUCGAGAGGGCCGGUCUUGUAUCCGCGUUCCCCAUGGCGUUGAUCAAGGUGGACACGAUCGAGAAGAUGCAGGGCCAGGAGGCGGAUAUGGUUGUAGUGUGUUUUGGGAUGUUCGAUGAAGAUACGCUGGUCAAUGAGUUGGCUUACCUGUACUCUGUCCAUCGAUGGGUCGUGGCACUUUCGAGGGCACGGUGCAAGACGGUGUUGCUGAUAACACCCGAGAUCAAGGCGCCGAGGAUCAUUGGCGGAUCGGGCAAGACGGAUGCGGGCAGUUUGGAGAGGUUGGAUGGGUGGGGGCUUUUACAGGCAUUUGAGAGGUAUGCUGAGGGACUGGGAGGGAAGCUUGUCUGGCCUAUUAACGAUGAGCUUUUUUUGCAGGGCGCUGGUAUCCACCUUUUCUAG